AUGAUGCCGGCGAAAUGUUUGAAUCAGUGGCUACAUCGUCAGCGGACUGAUCCUUACAUCCGUGAGGCUCGCCUUUCCAGCUAUAGAUGUCGUAGUGCUUUCAAGUUGCUUCAAUUGCAAGAAUCUCUGCUUCCUACAGGUGGUCUCAUUCGGCCUGGCCACGUGGUCCUUGAUUGUGGCGCCGCACCUGGAUCCUGGAGCCAAGUUAGUGACUUCAAACUUCCAUUGUGGUAG